UGUGGACCUCCGAAAGAACGGGCCACACCACCGCCAAACACAGCACGCAAUUCAUCUAAAAAUUCGACUUCAGUUUCUUCCUGUCCGCGCCAGAACGGACAUCAGAUUGCCCGCCCGCCUCCUGGCAGCUCCUUUUCACUUCGGCUGAUGCCAGGACUUCGAGACCCAGACCCCUCUUUGAAGACCACUUCCGAUCCCCGAUGCGGCGGCCCCUGAGGUCGCAGCCUAGCACUGAGAAGUUGGCCGGCUCUAGGGGCUGUUAUGAGGCUGCUAACCCCACAGGCGCAGGUCUACGCAGCACACACACCACCUCCUUCUUUGGACUCAGACCAAACACGCUGGGCUGUAGGAGGGGAACGGACAGAUACACAGACGCGCGCGAGCACGCCCCACCAACUGAUUCCAACCAGAAAACGGAGCCACUGUGUAAUGCCCAGCCCUCCCCUCCACUACACCCCCGAUCAGCCAAGCCUUCGGCCGGUGUCUGCUGCACUAAACACCAGGACAUGGCCAGGGAAGUCGCAGGCAUCGGUCCGAGCCAGGAGCGCCGCGGCGCCAGCGCAUCUGGUGUCGCAGGAGGACUGUGCGCACCUGAAGUCGGGGUGCCAAGCGCCCAAACCUCUGCGUGCAAGGAAACCCCCAAAGGAAAACAAGACUACCAGAAAACUCCUUCCUCUCGUCUUUCAGAGAUGCCAAACGGCCCCUCUGGCCGCCUCCUCAAAGCUCGGCUGCCAGAGCCACUCUACUAGGGUCUUGCAAAAAGCGCAAAGGGACCAAAGCCCCUUCCCUAAGAAAAGUGCCCAACUCAUCUAGUGAGCCAUUCCUUCCUCCCCACUGCCCAGAGAGCGCACACGAAGAGGCAGAAAUCACGACUAGGAAAAAGCGAGAUUCAAACUGGAACCAAAACAGCGUAUGUGCUCGCUCCCAUCUCGGCGCCGGGGCUUUGGCUCCCAGGGCUGCAGGCUGUCGCGGCUGCCAGGGGCCAGACAGCUUUCGAAGGCAGGUCUUGCUCUGGCUAGAGGAAGGAGGCUCCCGGAGUCCCUGCUUCCGCCCCGGUCGCCCGUCGGGAUUCCCCAUCCCAAGCGCGCUUGCACCUUGCCUGCCGCUCCGCUCGGAGGAUUAGUCUGUUUCCCUUCCUAUUCCCAAACAGACCUAGGUCCCCAGCUCCGCGGCCGCCCGGCUCACCAGCCCCGGCUGGUCUCCUUCGGGUCACUCCGAGGGGUAGCGCGAACCCGCAGAGCCUUGGCCCGCCGCGCGCCCCCAUGGCCCUGCUGGGCAGCCUGGCUCCACUACGCUCCCAGUUCUCGGUCUCAGCAGCUCCCAUCGACUUCGCACAGCAGCCCCUUCGCGUCUCCCGGGGUGGCAAGGCACCAAGGUGCAGCCCGGGCCAGCACCGACCCUUUCCUCAGCAUCUUCUCCGCCGGCUCAGCUCUUCCUCCCGCCCGCCGACCCCGUGUCUCCCAAGUCUCGUCCCGGCGACCACCCGGACUUACCGCGGGCGCCACGCCGCCGCCGGGUCUGCGCGCUCCGAGGCGGAGCCAGGACUAGGACACCCGCCGGCGCCCGGCAGCCUCCCGCUCCCGCCGCCAGCUCGCUGCCCCCGCCGCGACCCCGCCCACUGCGGGCCCCUCCGCCCGCCCCCGCGGCCUGGAGGUCGGGACUUACCUCCGGGACAAGGUGACCCGGCAAGUGCGCCCAAGCGGCCGCCCGCGAGUCUAUCCAGCGAGAGAGCAUGCGGGGCGGUGCGGCGCCCGCCUCUGCUCCUCCGCUCCCAGGCUCUCUCCUCCUCUGCCCUCCCUUCUGCGCCGCUCCGCUCCCCCCGCCGCUCCCCGCCCUGCGCUAGCCGCCAGCGCCCCCGGCUGCCCCGAGCGCCGGGCGCGGGGCAGCGACUGCAGCCCGAGCGGCGGGGAGUCGGGAGCUGCGGCGCCGGGGCGGAGCCCAGUCCUCUCGGGAGAGGAAGGGGUGCUGGGAGACUAUCGUCGCACGCGCCUGGCCGGCAGGCUGGGCUAGGGGCGCCCUGGGGCCAGCCGCUCAGCUUAGCUUUCGGAGCCUGGCAACGCGCGUGCUGGAGGAGGCAGGCGCGGGCUCCGGGGGAGGAGGGCAGGGAAGAGGAGGAAGGCGCAGCCCGCGCGAAGGGGACGUGGCUUCUGGGGAGCCUCCACAGCCCAAAGAGAAUGCUGAAAUGCAGAGUGCCAGAAGGAGGCAUUUGAAGGAGGAGCAGGUCUCCGGAGCUGCAAGGCUGUAGUCUGGAACACUCAGAAACGGGCACUGUUCAUUUCUCCCAUCUAGCAGAACUUCUCAACUUGGAAGAACAUGCCACCACACCUUAGUAAAGCAGCUUACUGUUCCGGAGCCCUUUCCUGAAUAAAGCAGUUUCCCAUCUAAGCCAUUAGGUUGAGCAGAUACUGUUAGACCCAUUUGAGGUGGAGCGUCAUUGAUCCCAUUUAUCAGAUGAAGGAAUUGAAGUUUUAAAAGGGUAAUUACGAUUCCGUAGUGACCCAAUGUGCAGGAGUAGCCUCAAGCUGGGUUCCCUGCCUCUAAGUCACUGCUCUUUCACUUGCCCAGUCUCUGAAUUGACUUUUGAGGCAGGUUUUGUUUUGACAAGAGAACACCUGCCUAGGCUGCAGCCAGGACUUGCCUUUGUCUCCUGGGUGCAGUUUGAAUUUGAAAGUGGACUCUUCCUAAUAUAGCAAGCAGGCACCUUGUUGAGUGCAGCCUAACCCGUGGGGCCCCAGGUCACCGCUGGCUGUGUUCCCUCCAAAAGUGAGGGUUGCAGAAAUUAAAGGAAGAAAAUACUUUUGCAA